UUGUUAUCUUUUUAAGAGCAACGGGGCUGGCAGGUAGGAUUUAGUUUCUCCCUGUCUCUGGCUCACACUCCAGUAUAGUAUGUGGCGGUAAUGCGCCAUAACGUUGGAUGCCAAACGCUGAUAAACCCCACCGAAGAAGAACAACAACAACAAUUUCUCUUUUUAAAAUGGGAUUUUAAAGCUAACCCGUAUUAACCCUAACCACACUGCUAACUUUAUGCCUAACCCUAAAUAUAGACGUUGUGUCUGUGGUAUCUAAACCGAGUUUUGACGCGAAAUUAUCCGUGGCCAGAAGCGAUACGGGCCUUUCGAAGCUCAAAACAACGCUUUUGAAAUUAAUGAUUUUGCAGAUAGAUUCUUCUAAUAUUAGCUGCUAUUUGUCUAGAUGGCUUUGGAGACUUGUCCCAAGGACCUCCGCCAUUUGCGUGCAUGCCUUCUGUGCUCUCUUGUGAAGACUAUUGACCAGUUUGAAUAUGAUGGCUGUGACAACUGUGAGUCGUACCUUCAGAUGAAGGGAAAUCGAGAGAUGGUAUAUGAGUGUACAAGUUCCUCGUUUGAUGGGGUCAUAGCCCAGAUGAGUCCAGAGGACAGCUGGGUGGCCAAGUGGCAGAGAAUCAGUAACUUCAAGCCAGGUGUCUAUGCUGUGACGGUGACAGGGCGGUUACCUCCAGGGGUGGUGAGAGAGCUGAAGAGCAGAGGAGUGAUCUACAAAUCCAGAGACACUGCUGUGAAGACAUAAGCCUCAUCAUUACCUCUCUAUGUGGACAGACGGUCAUCAUCAGCACAGCCUCAUAAUGCAACAACAUAACAUUCCCAUAAACACAGGAGUCUGUGGGGACUGACAUUGUGGCUAGUGGGUCUUCUGUUUGCUAAACACAAGUGCAAAGUCUGAUUUUGUGUAAUGUCUCAUAGAACUGUCUUGUUUUCUUUUUUGAAAGAUUGUGUGUAAUGUUGGGUUGAUUGUUUUGAAUGGGAUGGGUUCACUCUGCUGAAAUAGACAAUAUGCUUGAUUUUU